GUGCAACAAACCUCAAUCCAUCUAUAGCAGCUACAAAAAAAAUACAUUCAUCAAAGUAAGCCUUCCGACCGUAAGCUUUCCUUUGACAGUUAGCACUUCAAACCGAUCGAAAUUGUGCAAAAUUUCCCAGUAAGAUGGCCCCAAAGAUGGGCCCCCGAAUUGACAACCGUGCCCCUCUGAUGUUUGUGGAAACUGUUCUCAAAACGUCCAAAAUGGUACGGGACGUGGAGCGUCAAUGGACGAUCAUCCGGGAAAAUAAGGAGCUACUCAAACGCAUCAAUCAAAUCUACCGUACUAAGGGUUUCCUGAACGUCAACUACAACUAUCGCGUGCACCAGAGCUUGAAUUCAUCGGACCGUGGUCGGAAGGCACGUGCAAUCGAACGUCAAAAUCAAGCCCUGCUCAGUCGCCUUCUUCGCCGGAAAGCAACGGUGGACAGCAAUUUACCACGCGAGCGAAAAAUCCGCCGUUGGCCGAUGGACCACCAGCCCCGAAUGGUGUUAGAGUUUUGGGAACGAAGCGAUCGACGAUUAUGUCAGUUGGUGAUCGAUCUUUGCCCCGGGGUAUCCUUCGAUGAGAUAAUGCUGGGCCGGGGGAAAUUGUUUCGAAUUUACGACGAAACGCUGAUGGUGAUACGGGCCGGCUACGUACGUUCGGAUGAGGAUUUGCGGGACACAUAUGAUACGCUGCUGCACGUGGACAGGGGAACGUUUGUUAAGCAGGUGAUGGAUGGGAGAGAAUACUUUCUCAUCACACUGCGAACGAUUGGGACGAUUGUGGAUGGGAAAGUGUUGGGUCGUGUUGUCAGCGGUUCGAUGGAGAAACUUGAUCUGAUCAAUUCUUAUGGCUCGAAGUUUGGCCGAUGUAAGGAAACAAUUUAUUUUGAUAGAACGAAAGCCUAAAGAAAAUUAAAUUUAAUGCAAAGAA